AUGCCAAAGACGGCUAGGCUCGAUUUAUUAGUUUUAAAAAGAUAUUAUUCACCGCAUGGCGUUAGGUGUUGUUCUGAUCAUUUGUUAGGUACGCGUCUGUCUCCAGAUUACGAACAAAUUAUCACUCCAUCGUUAUCAUUUCCUCUUCUUAAUCUAUCAUCAUCUAGUAUUACAAUUACUUCAUUACUAGUGUCAUUCUAUGAAAAAGAUACUAAUAAACAUAUCUUGAAAGAAAUUCCACAAAAUAAACAAAAGCAAACAAUUAAUCAUACUAAAGAUGAUGAGGUUGAUGAUAAUGAAAAUCCGGAAGAUGAACAAAAUGAAGAAGAAGGACAAGAUGAACAAGAGGAUGAUACUGGUAGUGAAGUUACUGAUUAA